GAAUGGCGUUCCGGAUUCGUUCGUACUCUCUCAUAUUGGUUUCUUUAGGUAUGUUGGCUUUCUGCACUCUGCCUGCAAAGGGUAAUAGACAGUUCAUCUUUGCUCCGAUGCCAAACGAACAAGAUGAAAGUCCAAAUAUUGGUGUUGUUAUCCAGGCUUUGGAAGAAAACAACACUAAUAUCAAUGUACUUUUCCCUAUAAAGUUAUUUGAAGACCAAAUAACAUUGCCACCUGGAUCUGGUCCGUACAACUAUCCUCUACCAAACUCUCUGAUCAAACAAACAGCAACCGAUGUCCUUGACUCUACAGUUGUUUUAACAUCUGAUCAAAAUAUAAAAGUUAUUUCAUAUAACAUCGCAAAAUCUACAUCGGAUAUGUUUUCUGUUGUACCCAUGAAGAAUUUGGGUAAGGAAUACUUUUUAGCACUGUUUUCAAUAAUGACAAGCGAGAAAAAUUUUCGGGGUACAGUCACGAUAUCUGCUUUAGACAAGAAAGCAAUGAUUGAAAUAUUCCUGAAUUCUACUGUACAGUUUCAGAAUGCCAUUUAUUACAACGGUGACAUUUUGAGAUACAUUCUCCGACCAUUCGAAUCUCUACAGCUUCGUCCGAAAUAUACAAACAUAACGGGCUCUCGUGUCGUCUCGAACACAUCCGUUACAGUAACAGUUGGUACUGAUUGUGCUGAUGUUCCCGAAGGUAUCCAGUAUUGUGACCAUCUAGCAGAACAAUUAGCACCAUUUGAAGCAUGGGGAGAACUCCAUGUUUUAAGCCCAUUCCCAAUGAAACGUUCUGGAUAUCUAUUUCAGAUAGUAGCUGGUCGGAACAACACGACUGUCUCCUACAAAGGAACCAAACGUUAUAUGAAUAUGGGUGAUUAUAUAACAGUUGAUAUUCCAUCCCAAAAUAUGACUUUGAUUUCUGCAGACAAACCCAUUUCUGUCAUUCAGUAUGUCAAAGGGAGAAGAUCUGACGACGUGAGUGACCCAUCGAUGAUUCGAGUCAUUCCAGUCGAACAAUAUGUAAAAAGCACAGUCUUUCCUGUAGAAGAAGCCAACAGAUUGUCAACGAUGACAAAGAUUGAUACAGUCUAUCUUGAAAUCACCUCUGAGUGUAAAUACUUGAAUAACAUCUCGGUUUUCAAAAACUAUCAACCCUUGUCAAUAGAGUGGAUAGAGGAAUAUUCUCUAAAGAUACUAAACGGAACUGAAAUUUGCUCAAGAUGGUGUGUUGUUACCGAUGGUAGAUAUUCCGUAGAAAGUGAACGUGUCAUCACUGACGACGGACAGACGAUCUACCCAAGGUUUCGUGCUGUCGUAUACGCUUCAGGUAUUGAUGAAUCGUACUUAUACCGAGCAGGAUCAAGCGAUAGAUCAUUGAAUUAUAUUUCGGAAUCGGAUAAUGCUACGAACACAGGUCACCUCCAAGUUUUGAUCAACCCUCAUUUCGUCACGGUCAAGGCCACUGAACUCGUCGUAUCCUGGGUGAUAACAGAGGAUGGGGAUGGUCUCUUUGAUAGAUGUACUGCACUUAUUACACAUGUUACAGGAGACAGCAUAGCCCGGUCUGUCCUUAUCAACACCGAGCCACCAGUAAGCCUUUCAGGACUUCUUCCAGGAACCUCGUACUCCAUCAGGAUCAACUGCUCCAACAACUUCGGAAUCCAUGACUGGAUUGACUUUUCACCCGCGACCACUCUCAACGCUGUUCCUGAUAGACCUUCUGUGUUACACGAGACUGUUGGUGGAAUUGACACCCACAGCUUUCAAGUCAAUGUGCCGUCACAUACAACAUCGACUGGACAGAUCAGCUGCUAUGAAUUUAUCGCUGUUCAACUGCACAAUUCUUCGGGAAACAUUGACUCCGAUGGCGAUGCUUACAAUGAUGUCAGUGAUUACAACACCGCCAGUAACCAGAUAGGAAUUCCCUUCAGAGUGACGGUGCUCAAAUCCCUCCCGAUCGAUAACGUCAUCACGAUCGGAUCGGUGAUUGAGAGACAAUCAGAAUGCAACAUGGCGGAUGGACAUAGUAAAGAUGAUGAAAGAACAAAACGAGAUGCACGUAUUGUGAAUGGUACUACUCUCAAAGCAACCAAUGGUCCUCUUAUUCCAGGCGGAUAUUAUACCUGCUUUCUUCGAGUUUACUCACCAACCGGCGAAGGUGGGAAAUUCUACUACGCCAAUGGACCUGCAAUGAAACCAAUUCAGCUCAGACAUCUCCAAUCCAUUUUAGAAGAUGCCCAGAGUGGAAUGAAUUAUAGCGCAAUAGUCACACCACUCUCUUGCAUCCUUCUCCUUAUCCUGAUAAUCAUUGGAAUCGUCAUCUACAGACGUAAAAGAUCUAAUGAAGCCAAUGUGGCCCCUAAGUCAUCAGCCUAUGAAUCCCAGACAAAGCCGAAUGAGCAAAAAGCAGAGGAUUAUACCCGAUACAACCAAUUUUCUGGACAACAACCAUCAGAAGAUAUUUAUGAAAACACCGAGGCUCUACAUGAGGAUGAUGAAUAUCAGAACGUUACAUUUGAAUCGAAUUAUGCUGUGAAAUCAGCAUACCUACAGAAUAUGGAACCUGAUGAAGCCAAUGUGGCCCCUACGUCAUCAGCCAACGAACCCCAGGCAAAGCAGAGUGAGCAAACAGCAGGGGAUUAUACCCGAUACAACCAACCUUCUGGACAACAAGCAGGAGAAGAUAUUUACGAAAACCCUGAGGUUCUAAAUGAGGACGAUGAAUAUCAAAUGGUUACAUUUGAAUCGAAUUAUGCUGUGAAAUCAGCAUACCUACAGAAUAUGGAUUAA